AUGGGAUAUAUUCUUAAACUCCGUGAGGAAAUGCUAUGGGUGGACCAGUUGGGAGCUCAAGGCAACCCGGAAGCAGCCAAAAUAAAAGAGGACGUAUGUAAUAGGAUAACAAAAGCGAUGAUCUCCCUUGAAGGUGUACAACCAAGUGAUGUGAACUGCACGGUGGUAUCUCUAAUUGGUCACCCUAGUCGAGCACAUUUGGACAUUUCUUUCAAUGAUAAAGGACGGUCGGUCGUCGUCAAUGAACUGGUGGAACAAUUAUUUAAAUUGUUUGACAGUAUAACCCAGAAGACUAAGGAUCAAAGGGGACCUGUGGCCGGUGAAGUAAAACAACAUGUUGUUAGAGGAGAAGGCACCGAGCAAGCGACACCUUCUGCAGAAGAUGAAGGAUUAGAGAACAUCGAUCGGAAUGAAGCAACGGAUUCUGUUCUAGAACCCACCUCAGAUGAAGACGACAUCCUCGCCAAUUACGAGGAUGAUGAACCAUGUAAGUUAGAUCGAUCUUUUUAA